CUAACUUUAGAUGAAAUUGACCUCAAUAGCUCCACAUGGCGGCCAUUCUGCGAACUUCGAGGACCGUAGCAUAUUCUCUGAUAAAACGGACUUUAACCUUCAAGACACCUUAUAGAGCCAUGAGUAGCUUGCUGAUAGAUGAUCCCAAAUAUUCUUGGUUGAAGGAUUUGGGCUUGAGUGCUGACAACAAGGGAGUGUUUCACGGUGUUUGGACAGGCUCUGGAGAGGUAACGACAUCGUACUGCCCCACCAAUAACCAGCCUAUUGCCAGGGUAACACAGGGGAGCCCAGGAGAUUAUGACAGUGCAGUGAAGGCAGCGUUGGAGGCAUGGCAGACCUGGUGUGAGGUGCCAGCGCCACAGAGGGGAGAGAUUGUGCGGCAGAUUGGUCAUGCUUUGAGAGAAAAGAAAACUCUGUUAGGAAAACUGGAAUCUCUAGAGAAUGGCAAAAUCUUACCAGAAGGAGAGGGCGAGGUGCAGGAAUUUAUUGAUAUUUGUGACUAUGCAGUGGGCCUCUCCAGAAUGUUUCAAGGAUUAGUUCUUCCUUCAGAGAGGCCAGGGCACUUGCUUCUGGAGCAGUGGAAUCCCCUGGGGGUGGUAGGGGUGAUAACAGCUUUUAACUUCCCAGUGGCAGUAUUUGGAUGGAACUCCUCCAUAGCUUUGACCUGUGGAAAUGUGGCCCUUUGGAAGGGAGCGCCCUCUACCCCACUCACCAGCAUUGCUGUAACCAGGGUGAUGACCUCUGUCCUUGAAGCUAACAACAUGCCCCCUGCAGUGGUAUCUCUGGUGUGUGGGGGUGCUGAUAUUGGAACACUGAUGGCUAAAGAUGAAAGGAUCCCUCUUGUCUCCUUCACUGGGUCUACACCAGUUGGACACAUUGUUGCACAGAUGGUGACAGAGAGGUUUGGGAAAAAGAUUCUGGAACUGGGAGGCAACAAUGCUAUUAUAGUAAACGAGGAUGCAGAUGUUGACAUGGUCGUAAGAGCCUCUUUGUUUGCCUGUGUGGGGACAGCUGGGCAGAGGUGUACCACAACUAGGAGACUGAUUGUCCAUGAGAAAUUGUAUGAUGCAGUUUUAUCUGGACUGAAGAAAGCGUACGGGCAGGUCAAAAUGGGCGAUCCACUAGAACCUGGCACACUACUGGGACCAAUGCAUUCUAAACAAGGAGUGGAAUUAUAUCUGAAAGCAGUAGCAGAUGUCCAAGCACAGGGUGGAAAAAUAGAAGUUGGAGGCAAGGCAGUGGAUCGACCAGGAAACUUUGUUGAGCCCACCAUCGUGACUGGUUUACCCCAUGACGCGGAAAUUGUACAUAGAGAGACAUUUGCUCCCAUUGUCUACAUUAUGAAGUGCAAGAGUUUAGAAGAAGGUAUUCAGUGGAACAAUGAGGUAAAGCAGGGGUUAUCCAGUAGUCUCUUCACCAGGGAUAUCAGUAAUGUUUUCAAAUGGAUUGGCCCCAAAGGAUCCGACUGUGGGCUGAUCAACGUGAACAUUCCUACCAGUGGCGCUGAGAUUGGAGGAGCAUUUGGUGGAGAGAAGCACACUGGUGGAGGACGAGAAUCUGGCAGUGACGCCUGGAAACAGUACAUGAGGAGAGCUACAUGCACAAUUAACUGCAGCAGGGAGUUACCACUGGCCCAGGGAAUUAAGUUUGAAUAAGUCAGAUGGAACAAAAUGGAACCAAGAGGACCCAAGAAGACCUCGCUUUUUAUUGUCUGUUUUACAGACCUGCCAAUUUACUUGUAAAAA